AUGGCAAAGCCGCCAGAGCUCGCACGCGUUUGCAACGCGAACCUCGUGACGCUUGGCGUGCUCUACUACAACGACCCGGCGCCACUCCGCCUCCACUUUGGCAUCUGGGCGCAGUAUCCGGCGUCGGUUCAGUCGCGCUUCGAGUUCGUAGUCAUCGACGACGGUUCCUCCGAGCACAUGCAGGCGCACAAUGUCCUGGCGCAGCUGCACAGGCUUGGGCGAGUGCCUCUUUCGUUAUCUAUCCUCAGGGUGCUUCCGCCCAAGCUCGCCUGGAACAUCGGGGGCGGGCGAAAUCUUCUGAUGCACAGAGCAAGCGGGUGCUGGGUUAUCAUCGCUGACUUGGACUACGCGGUGCCGCCAAAGCUGGCGGCCGCCGUGCUGCCCACAGUGCUGGACCCAGCAAUCAGUCCAACUCGCGUGUUCAAGUUUAUGCGCGAUUGGCAACCCAAGGGCAGACCCCAGUUGCAUCCCGCGUUUGCCAUGAUGCGGAGGGAUCUCUACUGGCAGGCGGGCGGAUGUGACGAGGACUUCGUCGGCCACUACGGCUGGACCGACCCGCACACGUGGUUCCGCUUGGGCCAUCACAGACCGCGCGUCACCAUCACAGUGAACCGGUCAUGGCCGGCGAUCCACUAUCUCCGGGCGGGGGCGAACAGAACGUCGCAAUCGAAGGACAAGGAGGAAAAUGCCAAUUUGUACAGACGGAAGACGAGCGGCGCAGCAAAUUGGAGCAACGUCUACCUGCGCUUCAAGUGGAUGAGUAUAAAAGAUGUGUGA